AAUAACAUAAUAAAGACGUACAGAGGAACCAUCUCGCGCUGAACCUGUACGUGCAUGGCCUCGUGACGCUUCUGUGAGGCGGAGUCAGAGUCAGACAGGUUUCACAGGUGUGUACAUUCACAACAACACAAGAAACCUGACCGAAACCCAGACAAAUCACUGCUUACUUCGUCCAUUUCGGUCAAAGGCAAUGCCAGAAUCAAGCCGGCACCAUCACACAAGGGACACAGAGUACUCCAGUCGAGACAGGAGAGAUGAGUACAGAGAGGACAGGAGAACACCUGAUAGAGAGGACAGACCUCGGAGCCACAGGGAGAAACAACGAUAUGCUGACACACAGAGAGACCCCCGUGUGCACGAGGCCACCCGUUAUCACAGUCAGGGAGUGCCCAGUUACACCGAGACAUCAUCUUCAUACUAUGAUGACAGUCAGCCCUACCAUCAGACACUUUACAACCUAAGAUACUUCACAACUAGCAGAGGCAUCUGUCAGGCCAUGGAAUUCGUCUUAAGCUUGUUGAUUAUCAUCUGUGCUGGAGUGAACCACAGUAACUCGGGUCGGUAUCGGGAUAUCGCCAGCUUAGGCGGUUUGUACCAGUACUACUACGGAGGAGCCAACGCAUUCACCGGAGCCGAGGCGCAGAAGGUCCAGCGGCUCGACGACCAGUUCUACCAGCUCAAACUGCCCCCUUACGUCUACAGCAUGGCCUGCGGCGGGGCGCUGAUGCUUUACGCUUGUGCCACGCUGGCCCUCGGAGUGUUUCGCAUGCCCUACCGUUUCCCUCCUCUGCUGCUGGCUGAAGCCCUGCUCGAUGUGCUCAUAGGUCUCGGUUUUAUUCCUGCCAUCGCUUUCUUCUACUUCAUGAUGCUGGAGGUGUUCUACAGAAACAUAUGUGUAGAGAGGGGGGAGAUGUUUAGAGGAGAAGGUGUCAGAGGAUUCGAGUGCAAUCUCAACGGGGCGGACAUAGCUGGAGGCUUGUUUGGGGUUCUGGGGAUUAUUAUAUUCCCCAUAAGCGCUGUGUUGGCCAUCAGAGCUUUCAUAAGAGUGCGGAAGAUGAAGCAGAGGCCGACAGAAGACAACAACCUGUGAAGGUUACGCCACUUUUACAGUAUCAGAAGGAUAUGUAUUUUUCCAUUUUUUUUUUUAUUUUUAUACCUUUCUUCCUAAGAGUUUUUAUAAUGAAGGACCUUUGCAAAUACGUUUUUCAUAUAUUCUUCACAAACAUUAGAUUUGAUUCAUUAAUUAAAAAGAAACACACAGUGUAUUGAGAAUGAGUUGAAUUACACAAAAUGAAUUACUUUAUUAGGGUUUCUUUAAAGUCUUUAUUCAUCCUUCCACAAGUUAAGGCCUUGAAGGUUUUAAAUCAGAGCUGAAAGUUAUAAAUUCAUAGUCAUGACACAAAAUGUUGCAUUCACUACAAAAAAA